AUGUUGGGUUCAGUGGAUUCCAUGUGUGCUCGAGGGCAAACAACCGAAAAAUUGAGCGAGAAAAAAAGUAUCUUCAUAUCUAGAAGAUUUUCCCGUUUAGUCUCACUCUUUUCUCACAUAAAUUUGCGCAAAGCAUUGAACUUGAAUAAGGCGAGGAAAUAUGGAGACAAAGCUUUCGUUUGUCAAACUAUCGAGUGA